AUGUGGGUGCGAGCACGCAACAUCCACCGACUGAUCGAUGCUUACAUUGGCCGAGAGGAGCACGAGCCAGACGGAGCGGAGCAGCGGCUGAUCACCGAACUCAGCAGCGCCAGCAGCCGAGCCUUCUUGAUAAACAUCCUCGCUAAUUCGGUUAGCACUUCACGCUUUUUACAGUUCUCUGUGCACUGCACACCCAGUCAAGAGACAGUCCCUGCACUCGGUGAUUUAUGGCUGGAAGGGACCCCCUGUUGUCACUGGGGUACAAUAUUGGGAGGUUAG